UCUGUAGUCAAACCAUAAGAAUAUUAGUGGAGUGACUUGGGGGGCGGUGCGCGCACAGCCCGUCUCUUUGCGAUAAACGUGAGUGCGCGUCCGUUAUCAUCCAAACCAGCCAACGAGCCAGCACUCCUCCAACCAUAUCCUGCCGAGCCGAGCUGAUCCGAGCGGAGCAUUUGGCCGCGUCGCCCCGCACAGACAGAGGCAACGGAGGGGAAGAUGAGCGGGUAGAGCCGCCGUCCUCCGUCCCUUACUGAGCCACAUUCGCGCUAAAAUCUCCCGCAGACACGAUGGUCUCCAUCAGGACCGAGGAUUUCUCCUUCCAGCUGAUCCUUCUCAGCAUUAUAGUGGUGACAGCAGAGCCGCUGGUCCGAGGCCCGAGGAAACUCCCCGAACAUAUCGACUGGUCGUACUCAGGUGCCCUGAAUCAGCGCAACUGGGGUAAGAAGUACCCGUCUUGUAGAAGCGCCAGGCAGUCUCCUGUGGACAUCGACGAGACCUUUACCCAGGUCCGUGUGCAGUACCAGAAUCUGCAGCUGGACGGGUGGGACGCGCUGACGGCGGGGUCCAGCACCGUCCACAACAACGGGAAGACUGUGUCCAUCAGUGUGGAAGGGGACUUCUUUGUGAGCGGAGGCGGGCUGAGCUCCAGGUUCCGAGUCGGUACAAUCAGCUUCCACUGGGGGCGCUGCAAUGCAUCCUCAGAUGGGUCUGAACACAGCCUGAACGGGAUGAAAUAUCCUCUGGAGAUGCAGAUCUACUGCUACGAUCCAGCCUUCCUCAGUCUGGAGGAUGCUGUGGGGAAAGGAGGCAGGAUGGCUGCGCUGGCCGUGCUCUUUGAAAUCAGCUUGGAUGACAACGAGAAGUUCAGUCCUGUUAUCGAGGCCGUCAACACUGUCAGCAGGUUUGGUAAGAGCGGCUCGAUUGAAGCCUUCACCCUGCGCUCCUUGCUGCCUAAUAACACGGAUAAAUAUUACAUCUACAACGGUUCACUAACGGCACCGCCAUGCUCGGAAACAGUGGAAUGGAUCCUCUUCAAACAGCCUGUGGCCAUAUCAGAAACACAGCUGGAGGUGUUUUGUGACGUGAUGACCAUGGAGCAGGCUGGAUAUGUGAUCCUGACAGAUUACCUGCAGAACAACUUCCGGGAGCAGCAGCAGUUCAUGGGUCAAGUGUUCGCCUCGUACACCGGCGUGGAGGACGUGCUCACACCCACCUGCAGCUCGGAGCCGGAAAACGUUCAGGCCGAUGCCCAGAACGACACAACCAUCGUGGUGAUGUGGGAGCGUCCCCGCGUGGUCUACGACACCACCAUCGACUGGUACACCGUCACCUACCAGAGGCUCCAGGGCCGCGAGCAGAGCAGGCAGGAGUACAGGACGGACGGGGAUCAGGACGUGGGUGCCUUCAUCCCCGGCCUGCUGGCCAACAGCAGCUACGUCGUUCAGGUGGUCGCUGUCUGCACCAAUGGACUCAGAGGGCGGUGGAGUGACCAGAUUAUAGUGGACAUGCCAUUAGAAGACCCCGAAAGUGAUUCUGAUUCUGACGCUGUCUCCAAAGGUCUGGAAGGCAACAGAGAGGUUCAAUCUAAAGCCGAAUCAGCGCCGCCAGAGACCCAGAAUCCGGCGGUGGACCACAGCCCGGUGGAGGAGAUCCCAGUGGAGCAGACCCGAGUGUACCAGAACCUCCCGGUGCAGGUCACCCCCCGCCCACCCCCAGACAAUCCCUCUGAGUCCACCCUGCAACGAAAAACUAAAAUCAAGCCGAUUGUAAGAAAGAAGCCGAGCCGGGCCAGCCCUGAACCCGAUGCUAUGGAUCAGAACUGGAUCUACGAGGACAGCGAUGUUCCGUUACACAAGCCGCGUACUAAUCCAAGUUUUGAUGGCAACGGGGCAAUAUGGGUAGGCGAGGUAACUGAACAGCCGGGCUUCCUGUUUCCAGUUGCCCGAGCAACCACACCGCCAGUUCGGAAACAAAUCACAGAAGAGGCCUCGUUGUCGGUGACGCCACAUCAGGUAGGGGAUCAAGGUCCAACAGACCAAGCAGCAGAAAAUGGCGUCCCUUCCCCCUCGUUGGACCUCAACACCCCUCCUGUGGAGGACAUCACCGAUAUCUUCUAUGAAGACACAGUCAACAACUCCCCAGGAGGAACCAACAGCUCUGCUGCUGCUGUGUUGCCAGCUCACACCGUGGUCAAAGUCUCGCUGCCAUCCUCUGAAGACAGCCGCACCCCCGUUAGCGAACCUCGCCCACAAACCAGCACCUCCGUGUCCUCCGCCCCUCCGCCACUAUGGAUCACAGGACGGGUGGCGACCCCAAGCAACACGCUGGCUGAGUCCCUCUACAAGUCCUUCACCACCUCCUCCCUCCUCAGGGGGCUCGUGCACACAACCCAGCCCAUGUUGAAUGAGGGCAGCAACAGCAGCCAUGAGUCUCGGGUGGGGCUGGUCGGAGGUUUGGAGAGGGAGAAGAGGACAGUCGUUCCUCUGGCCGUCGUCUCCACUCUCACCAUCCUCUGUCUGCUGGUACUGACGGGCAUACUCGUCUACUGGAGAAACUGUUUCCAGGUGGCUAAUUUCUACCCAGAUGACAGUGCGUCACCUAAAGUAAUAUCAGUUCCAUCUACACCCCUGCUGCUGGCCACAGACGGUCACGAGCCACUGACAGUGAAGCAGUUUGUGAAGCACGUCAUGGAGCUGCACACCACCAACACUUUCUCCAAGGAGUUUGAGAUUGUCAAAGAAUCCUAUGAGGAGGUGCAGGCGUGCACUGUGGACAUGGGCAUCACUGCAGACAGCUCCAAUCACCCCGACAACAAGAGCAAGAACAGAUACAUCAACAUCCUGGCCUAUGACCAUAGUAGAGUCAAGCUCUCCAGCAGUUUAGACAGAGACGCCAGCUGUGGAGACUACAUCAAUGCUAACUUUGUGGAUGGUUACGAGCGGACGAGGGCCUACAUCGCAGCCCAGGGGCCCCUCAGAGCGAGCAGGGAAGACUUCUGGAGGAUGAUCUGGCAGCAGAACGUCGGCGUUAUCGUCAUGAUCACCAACCUCAAGGAGAAAGGACGGACAAAAUGUGAGCAGUACUGGCCGGAGGAGAACCAGGAGGAAUACGGGGCGUACCAGGUGACCCUGAAGAGCAUCAACGUCCUGGCUUACUACACUCUGCGGACGUUCUCUGUGAGAGACACCACAAAUAACGCUCCUCAGAAGAGAGUUGAACACACAGUCCUACAUUACCACUACACCCAGUGGCCAGACAUGGGCGUCCCAGAAUACACUCUGCCUCUGCUGUCCUUCAUCAGAGCGUCCUCCAGGGCGCGGACGCAGGAGAUGGGACCCGUCCUCGUACACUGCAGUGCGGGUGUAGGGCGGACAGGAACCUACAUAGUGAUUGACAGCAUGCUGCAGCAGAUCCAGGAGCAGGGCACUGUGAACGUUCUCGGUUUCCUGAAACACGUUCGGACGCAGAGGAACUUCCUGGUUCAGACGGAGGAGCAGUACGUUUUCAUCCAUGACGCUCUGGUGGAGGCCGUCAUGAGCCGUGGCACCUUGGUGACCUCUGACCUCCUUCACACUUACGUGUCUGAUCUCCUGACCCCCGGGGCAUCGGGCAGGACGCGCAUGGAAAAACAGUUCAAGUUGAUCAGCCAGCGCCAGGCGAAGCAUGCAGACUACAGCACCGCCCUGAGGGACGGCAACGCUGAGAGGAACAGAGCACGGGCCCUGAUGCCUGUGGAGCGAUCGAGAGUGUGUCUGAGCGCUUCAGAGUCAAACUCCACCGGCUACAUCAACGCCUCCUACGUCGUGGGACAUCACCACAGUAAGGAGUUCAUAGUGAGCCAGACUCCUCUGGACAGCACGGUGGCAGACUUCUGGAGACUGAUCUGGGAACACGACACACACACUGUUGUCGGUCUGCCAGACACACACUGCCAGAGUGAAGAGGGCGGUUCUUGUGUUUACUGGCCCAGUAAAGACCAGCCAAUGAGCUUUGAGGGGUUAAUUGUGUCAUUUUCGGGGGAGGAGCAUGUGUGCCUGUCCAAUGACGAGAGACUUCUGGUGCAGGACUUUACGCUGGAAUCCCAACAGGACCACCAUGUGUUGGAGGUGCGUCAGUACAGCGCCCCCUGCUGGCCAAACCCUGACAGUCCAAUCAGCAACAGCUUUGAUGUGAUCCGUACAGUCAGAGAGCACAGCAGACUGUCGGACAGCCCCACACUCGUACACGACCCGUUGGGCGGAGCGACAUCAGGGCUGUUCUGUGCCCUCACCUCUCUGUGCAGUCAGCUGGAGGAAGACGGAGCAGUGGAUGUUUACCAGGUGGCACGGAUGACCAACCUCAUGAGGCCUGGGGUGUUUAAUGAUAUAGAGCAGUACCAGUAUCUGUACCGCGCCGUGCUGAGCCUGGUGAGCAGCCAGGAGGACCAGAGAGCGCUGCAGAGUCCAGAGACCAACGGCUCCGUGCCGCUGGGUCAGAACAACAUCGCUGAGAGCCUGGAGUCCCUCAUGUAGACACACACACACACACACACACACACAUCUCAUUCCUGAUGUGGCGCCUCUUUUAAAACCAGAAAAAGUGCCCCUUUUCUAGUAAAACGGUGAUUAUAAAGGACAUCUUUUUUGUUAAAUAACUACUGGAGUUAUUCACGGUUAACAGAUCCUUUACUAAUGCUCUAUAGAUCAGUUAGUUUGUGUUGCCAGGUUGCGACCUGUACAAUUAUAACUGAAUUGCUCCCGUCUUAUUAGAAAGCAAAAACAUAACAAACAUUUAUUGAUGAAUUAGCAAUAUUUAGAAGCAUAUAACUGAUCUAUAAAGCAUUAAUAAAGUGUCUUAUAAGCAUAAAUAAAUCCAUUAGUUAUAUAAUAUAUUUCUAAAUAUUUAAUUCAAGAUAUUUUUCUUAACGAUGAAGAGUCAGCUAUUCAGUUACACUUACACACUAAAUGUACAACUUCUGCAGCAUUGUUUAGAUUUGGUUUGUGUUUGUUUGUUUUCCUAUACUCAAGGCAAAACAAAUGAAACAAGAUUACUUUAAUUUAAAAAAAAAAGGGAACGUACAUUUUCCUAAGCGCUUGAUUUCUUGUACAUUGUAUGCAGUGCACAACAUUAACCAGCAGAUUCUGGGGCUCAAACUAGCACUUCUCCUUAUUUAGAGUAAUAUUUGACCUCUCCAGGCCUCACUAGUGACGUUUAUUAUUUUACGUAAAGGUGUUUACCGCUGUUACACUGGCUCAAUGGACUCUGAUACCCCGUGCCUUUUCUAAUUCAUCCUAUCGUACUCAAAUCAAGCCUGUUUUGAUACAACUGUGUGACUAAUAUGCCAAAAUAAUGACCUGUGAUUUUUUUCUACUUUAUUAAAGUAUUUUGCGCAUGUUGCUGUGUAUGUAAAGGUCUGAGAGGAGAUUAAAAGGCAUCGGAUAUUUUGUAAAAGAUGCAAGUUGUCCCCAUUAGCCUGAUGGCUUAGACAUGCGGGGAUAAGAAGUAACAGUUUUUCGUUAAGGAAUUGAAUCCAUAGGUUUUAAUAAAGGGCAGCACAAGAAUCAAUCAUUAUAAUCAGCGAGAAUAAAAUCAGUGCAGCAUCACUCAGCCGAGACAAAAGCCGUGUUUCCAUUCACAUUUGGACGUAUCGCAUUAGAGAAUUACUGUUCAUUUCGGGGGGAAAUGGCCUUAGUUUAAAAGGAAUUGAUGCUAAAUGUAAACUCCUCUGCAGGAUAAGUUGUGGCAAACAUUUAAGUCACAUGACUGAUCAGCUGUUUCUGCUGACAUAUAUAUUUAUAUUGUCACCAGGAGAGAGACAUUUAAAUAUUGCUUUUGUUACCCGGAGGAGUACAGCCACUUACUUCUGUCCAAACUACGCUCUGUGGAGGCAAAUGAACUCCACACCAGACGAUGGAAGAUUCUUCUUGGAUGCCUAUUAUUUUGUGUGUGAAAUGUCAGCUUUUCUUGACAUUUUAUGGAAACACGGCUCCAUUGUUGCGUUCAGUGACAGUGGAAAGAAAGACAGACUUCCCCACGUCCUGCAUCCCUGUGCCACUCGCUACGACUGUUUCCAUUUUGCAGUUUGUUUCCACUGCCUCAGACCCGAUCGAUCGAUGUCUGAAUAACGUGCUGCAGCUUCUGUCUGCCUCUGCUUUGCUUCCGCCAUUUAUUUUGCUCAUCUGGGGAAGCGAAAUGGCACAGACGGCGACUGCACCCACUUUGUGUAAAUAUCCCUGAACACAUCAAAAGGCCAACAUUACUGUAUGUAUACUGUACCUCUAUAUAUUUUCUAUUUUACUAUAAAAAAAGUGAUUUUCUAGUCCUUUACACAUAUACAAUAUAACUGUAACUGUGUGGAUCUAUUUGAUAACUUUAGCCUGGAAAUGUUGGUCAUGUUUAUAGUUUUAAUGGAUGUUAUCUCUUUAUGAUUACAGUAGCAGCUUAAUGUCCAUCCCUUUUAUUUCCAGCCAUACACUGGUGCAGUAUGUAAAUAAAUAAAAAUAGCAACACGAUUUAUGUUUCCAACCUUGUUUAUGAUUUUAAACUUGUUUAUUUUUCCGGGUGGGAAACAAAUAAAAUGUUCUUGUUCAGACCUAAA